GGAUGGUCUAUUUACGAGCCAGGCCACAGGGGACGAGUGUCUUACCCGCAAUGCACAUCAAACCUAGACGAUAGUUGCGCUAGAUUUGCACUACCGGCUGCCUAGGAUAGAUUCAUGGGUGUGCUCUCUCAGUCCGCACACAGUUCAUGCAUUUAAAAUGUUUAACGUUGUCCAACACUAUAGCAAUUCGGUGACUGAAUCUGCGUUUGUUUGUGAAAAAAAUUAAAAUCAAAAUAGAGUUGGCUGUAAGGUUGUUUACCUCUCAGUAGCUGGGUAGUUUUGGAGGGCAGAUUGCGUUUCUUCUCAGACCAACCCCUAACCCCCUCCUCCCUCACCAGACGCUCAGAUAUACUAGACUACGAAAACUUUGUUGGAUGUUUCAGGAGAAACAUUUCAGGACCAGAUUUGUAUUAUUUUUUAAACAAAUGUAUGUACGUUAAGUACGCUCAUUAACCGUGUUUUAUCAGUUUUGCAAAGGAGACAUUUGGUUUCGGUGAAUAAAAACACUAGAAACAUUGUAUCUGAAGGAGCGCACUGGGCGGAGGCAGCGACCCAAGCAUUUUUGUUAUUCAUCUAAACUCCACAGGCACCUCUUUUCCAUUAAUUGGACUUCUGACAGGUGACAUGGAUCUCUCUCUGUUGGUGGCAUUCUGCUCCUGUGUUCCUCCUGCUUUGGGGUCAUCUAUAGGCAGGGACAUGCCAGCAUCGACGAUGGUUGAAAAGGACUAUGACUCUGCGUUUCACUACGACUAUGAAUCUCUGAGGAUCGGUGGACUGAUCUUCGCUGUGGUACUGUUUGUCAUGGGCAUUGUCCUAAUCGUCAGCCAGAAAUGCCCAUGCAAAUCAAGUCCGAAGUCACGUGUAUACUCGUCAGACGUCAUGAUACCUCAUCAGAAGUGUCCACUUAAUUUGAGGGCUGAAGUGUUUGGACCGCAACCCUUGACAGAGUUCAUUGCCUUCUGGGGUACCUGAGGCAGAGGCAGGGGUUGUGACAGGUCCCCAGUGAUGUAAAGUCUCUCCACCAGGCGGCAGCAUUGGACAGUGGAGGACUAACUAUAGCUAUCUCCCAGAGGGCACAAGGCUCCUUUUUUAAAUUUCAUCCUGCUGAUAUGUUCUCUUGACAUGUUUUUUCAUUUCUCUUUUUUCUAUAUGAAUGAAUCUACAGCGACAGUAUUCUGAAGGCAUAAUUGGUUGAUGCAGUAGGGUAGGCUAUAAAACCUUCUGUCAUAUGUGAUAGACACACAUGAACAAGCGAUUUUGUAAUUUAGAACUUGACUAUUUAUGACUAUUUUAAAUUGUAAUAUUUCCACAUUGUUAAAUAAAGUGAUGUAGAUGGGUCA